AAAAUGGUAAAAUAAAUAAGUAAAAUUUCGAUUUGGAUAUCAAAUGGACAAAAAGAAUGAACAGAAUGGAUUACCAUCAGUUAUUAAUCUCAAUGUAGGAGGAUAUUUCUUCACAACGAGGCUUUCGACUUUGCGAAAAUAUGAAGACUCGAUGUUGGCGGCCAUGUUCAGUGAAAGAUACACACUAGAUAAAGACAAAGAUGAAAAUUUCUUUUUGGAUAUGGACGGAAGUAGAUUUAAGCACAUUCUUAAUUACCUUCGCAAUGAACAGCAUCUUCCUCCGCGUAAUAUAGCGCAGGAAGUUUUGGAAGACGCUACAUAUUUAGGCAUAAACUCACUUGUUGACCACAUUAGAUCUCUUGACCACGACUGGGAAGAUGUUCGCAAUUCAGUUCCAUAUUAUUCCGAAAUGAAAGAAAAAAUCAUUAAACUGGGCGAGACAGUUGAUGCCCACUCCGAAGUACCGCCAUCUUGGAAAUUUCACCCACAUGUGAUUCUUGACUUCAUUGUUGAUGACGCUUUGAAGAUAAAUCAAGAUCUUUAUCAGAAAAGCAGAAAAAUUGUAAGACAAGGCAACAUUGAAAUAAACUGUCCAACUUACGCGGAUGCAGUUACUCUUGCUGGCUGUCUGUAUAAAGACAUUCUAAACGAUGGGUACAACGUUAAAAUAGAAGAACUGUUUCCCUGCUCCGGGCAAGUCUGCAAUGAUCGGCCGGUUUCAGAGAUAUCUAGUUCAAUUUCCGCAGAUGAUAAUUUAGAAGAGUACACUAACUUCCGUUUCAUGCUCAUAUUUGAUUGGAAAAAGUUUCUUUCCUCGGAUUUAUAA